AUGGAGUUUUCCUUACGCUCCAUCCCCAUAUCUCCAGAAUCACCACUUAAUAUGGAAGAAAUAAAUCAGGUUUUGGAUCCCCACUUACGAAGUGCAGCCGAAAGCAUUCUUGCACAAUUAGGCAACACCGCAUCCACCUUUAUUAAUGUCAGAAACUGGAUCAGAACUAGAGGGACAUUUGAUAUGUUGUCAGCGAUUCUCUCAAAGUUAUAUUCUAUGGCUAUUUCUGAGAAACUUACAAGGGCUGCCUCCCGCAGACCUAAAGAAGUUCGUACGGGUGAUCGGGUCCUGUUUUCACAUCGAGAGGGAUAUUCUCUUGGGUCUGUCUCCGAAGUCCUUUCAUCCAACCGUUUCCGUCUUCGUCUUGAUACGAAAAAUCAGCUGGUAGAUGCACUGCUGGACGAGAUCGCUUUAGCGAAUCCGGAGGCUCUGGACGGUUUGGAAGACCUUCUGCUCUUGGAGCACACAAAUGAAUCCACCUUCGUGUAUAACCUACAUAGCCGCUUUCUCUCCUCUCUGCCCUACACCUACUGCGCCGAUCUUGCACUAGUGGCUAUCAAUCCGAUGCGUGAGCUGAAUAUUUAUACCGACUCGGUCAGUCCCCUCCGCAUCACCCAUCUCUUCCUCAUCCUAAUUUUGUGUGCAUUUAGCAAUGCAAAUCGCCUAAUAACCUUCAUCCCUCUGUCAUUGCUUUGCCUUGACCCGAACCAAUAA